GAGCCGUCCGCAACUGUGCAGCAGAUAGAAGAAGAAAUGGCGGGAAAGCAAUCGAGUUUGGAGACGAAGCAGCAGAAAAUGGAGGAAGAGAAGUCGGAAGUAUGGUGGAGAAAGGAAGUGGAUACCAACCUGAAGAGGCUCCACUCUUUUGUCUUUGGAGCCGAGCAGGCGAGAGAGAGAGGGGACUUCAGCUCCGCACAAGUACUAGCGAUGGGGCUCGUCGGUUUUCUCGAUUCCCACUCUCAUUCCGACACCGACCGGGCUUUCGUUCGCCCUAUCCGAUGCGAAGCCUUAUCGAACCUCGAUUCCGCUCGCCGCUCCUUAAUUCCUGAGUCCGAUCGCCUAGCUUUUGAACAGGCAGGUAGAGAUCCGGGCUGCAUAUUUACCAAGAAAGGAGGCAUUGACGUUGAUAAGAUUAAACAAUCAAAGUACUUUCAAACCCUCGUUCAACAAUCUGAGGGAAUAACUUGUCAUAAAACGGCAGAUAAACUUACUAGGCGGGAGAAUCUGACUAGCAAGAACUCAAAAUCACCAGUACUGACAAAUUAUGGAGAUGUCUCCAGGUAUAACCAUAAGAGAUCUGAAAAAGAUAAUAGUCCAGAUAUCUGCUUGAUAGAAAAGGUUCAUUCAAAUUAUGACUCCAAGGAUCGUGGUGCCACCAUGGAGAUUGAAGAUGAAGAUGCAGAAAGAACUUUUGGGAAUAGUCCCAAAAUGAAACGGCUCCACAAGGAAACCAUUGGGCAAAGAAACAAGAAUGUGAAAUCCCCCUUGUGCAAUGAAGGAGCUGAUGCUGAUUCUCCUUGCAAUGGAUUUGUUACUGCUAGAGCAAAAUUGGAAAUGGAUGUGAGGCAAAGACGAGGAUUAAAUGGUUCUCCUAGUGCUACAGAUUCUCCACAGAGUGAUAACACUAUGGCAAACAAAAGCUAUGGAGUCCGGCCUUAUGGGUUUCCACGCCGUGGUGUUCGAGGUAAUUUUGUUCCUCCAAUCAGAGGGAGUGGGAAUAAUGGUGGUAAUGUGACUUCACGCAAUGCCGGGAAAGGUGAAGAUGCGUUAGAGGACUCAACACGGAGAUGUUUGGAAAUGCUUUGUGGUCCUGAUGGUGAGCUUCCUGAGAAAUUGAGGAAUCUAGAGCCUAGACUUAUUGAACAUGUCAGCAAUGAGAUUAUGGAUCGGGAUCCCAAUGUUAGGUGGAAUGACAUUGCUGGGUUGGAGCAUGCUAAGAAAGUUGUGAAUGAGAUGGUCAUCUAUCCAUUGAUGCGCCCCGACUUAUUCAGUGGAUGCCGUUCCCCAGGCCGUGGCCUUCUUCUGUUUGGUCCACCUGGAACUGGUAAAACUAUGAUAGGGAAAGCUAUUGCCGGAGAGGCUAAAGCAACAUUCUUUUACAUAUCUGCCAGUUCUUUAACAAGCAAAUGGAUUGGUGAGGGAGAAAAGUUAGUGAGGGCACUAUUUGGAGUUGCCAGUUGUCGUAAACCUGCUGUCAUAUUCGUUGAUGAAAUCGAUUCUCUGCUUUCUCAGCGCAAAUCGGAAGGUGAACAUGAAUCAAGUAGGCGGCUGAAGACACAGUUCCUUAUUGAGAUGGAGGGCUUUGACAGUGGUAGUGAGCAAAUUCUGCUUAUAGGUGCAACUAAUAGACCACAAGAGCUUGAUGAGGCUGCAAGGAGGAGACUUACUAAGAGACUCUAUAUUCCACUCCCUUCCUCAGAAGCAAGAGCAUGGAUAAUCCAGAAUCUGUUGGAGAAGGAUGGAUUAUUUAAUCUUUCGAAAGAGGAGAUUGAAACUGUAUGCAAAUUAACUGAAGGGUAUUCUGGAUCUGACAUGAAGAACUUAGUAAAGGAUGCAUCAAUGGGGCCACUUAGAGAGGUUCUUCAGCAGGGCGUUGAAAUCACAAAGCUAAGGAAUGAGGACAUAAGGGGUGUUUCUCUUCAGGACUUCAAGAAUUCGUUACAAGAGGUAAGGCCUUCGGUAUCAUUGAAUGAACUGGGCACAUACGAGGAUUGGAACAAACAGUUUGGAAGCUUAUCACUCUAGGAGUAGGAGAAGGAGAAGGAGAAGGAGAGAUGUUCAGAUGUUUAUGGAAUGUUGCCAAAUGCCAAUCAAAACCUUACAUCAUAGUGAUUGGUAUGGUGGAGUACAGUUGAUUAUUGCCGCUGAAACAUAAACACCUACGUACAAAAUGAUCAGCCCGCGUUGUGUGGUUGUGCUACCACAAAAAUAUAAUGGUGACACUGUUAACAAAUUUCAGAAGACGAAGCUGUGUGUGAAUUGAAUUUGCUGCAACUUAGCUUUAAUAAUAGUAUUCAACACUUAAUAUUAAUAUUUUACCUAAA